UCGCGCACUGUUGAAAACAUUCGCGAGAUGAAAUGUCGCCCGUCAGAAGGCGAUCAUCAUGCCUCUGUGCGAACUCACGUGAGGCCAUGUUGGCAGUCGGUCUACAAUAUGGAUAACCGACGAGAUGAUACCACUGACUUGAGUUGAAAAAUUCUCGGAUUUUGAUCGAAGCGGUUGUCGCUUCAGUUUCGUUUUCUCAAAGGAAGUUUUCUCUCGCGCGCCUUCCUAAAACUGUUUAUUUUGGAAAACACGGAGGUUAGCGUUUCGCGUAUUUGGAGUGGUUUAAUUUUUUUAGUAAGAGUUAUACCUCAUCAUUUUGUAAACAUAAGAAUCCCGGUUAAAGGGAAAUAACUUUUGUUUGCAUUUGAUCGUAGUGUCUGUGAUCAAUGGACCUUUUUUUGUUUAUAAAGGACUUAAGUGUAUGAAUUAUUUUAGAUCUGUGAUAUAGUUAGGGAUGAGUGUUUACCCGGUGAAAAAGUAAAACUCCCCAUAAAAUUUUUAGAUGUUAUUGUUUUGUUAUUUCUUGUUAGCUUAUUCAGUAAGAAAUACUGUAUAAACGUUUUAAUGUAAUACUCUGUCUUCCUGAAUCUUAAUUUCAUACAACGUUUACUUCAAUCUUGUGUUGAAUAUAUCCAUUGAUCUUAAUAUUGUGAUAUUUAAAUUGGAAUAAGGACGUAUCAUUCUCAUAAGACAAAUAAUUUGUGAAAUAAUUUAAGUAUAUUUAGAAACUGAGACGAGCUUUUAGCUUGUAUAUAAUCGAGUAAAUGCAAAGGGAAUCGCCAGAGAUAAUGAUGCAUCACAAGAAAGAACGACCAAAACUAUCCGUUACAGCACUAUUGUACGGAUCUCAAACUGCUGGUCUACCGUGGUUGCAGUCUCCUGGAGCUCAGAGUCCGACAGUUCUGAACAACACGACUUCUAUUUCAAAUGGUUCAGGUGGAACUACUGUGACAAGCGGAGCUUUACCACCUGUGACUAAUAGCCUUUCACAGUCCGCCUAUCCAGGGAUUUUACCGUCUAAUUAUGCAACACCACAGUCUCCACGGUAUCCACCCAACCAUCCCUUAAGUGGAUCAAAGCAUCUCUGUUCGAUUUGUGGAGACCGAGCAUCUGGUAAACAUUAUGGUGUAUAUAGUUGUGAAGGCUGCAAAGGCUUUUUCAAGAGGACAGUACGUAAAGAUCUAUCUUAUGCCUGUCGUGAAGAUCGUAACUGUAUUAUUGAUAAGCGACAAAGGAAUCGUUGUCAAUAUUGUCGUUAUCAAAAAUGUUUAGCUAUGGGAAUGAAACGGGAAGUUAUAUGCCGUGCAGCUGUCCAAGAAGAAAGACAGAGAACAAAAGAAAGAAAUGAAAAUGAAGUGGAAAGUACAAGCAGUUCUCAAAAUGAUAUGUCCAUAGAUCGUAUUCUAGAAGCAGAACUGAGAGUUGAACCAAAAACUGAAGAUAUAGAUGCCAGUUGGUUUGUUAAACAAGAAUGCCCAAUGUCACCUCAAAAAGAUCCAGUAAUUAACAUAUGUCAGGCAGCUGACAGGCAACUUUAUCAGCUUGUGGAAUGGGCUAAGCAUAUCCCGCAUUUUACAGAGCUACCUCUUGAAGACCAAAUGGUUUUGUUGAAAGCAGGCUGGAAUGAAUUAUUAAUUGCUGCUUUUUCACAUCGAUCUGUAGCUGUUAAAGAUGGUAUAGUGUUAGCAACUGGACUAGUUGUUCACAGAAAUAGUGCCCAUAGUGCAGGAGUUGGUACAAUAUUUGAUAGAGUUCUCUCAGAGUUAGUUGCUAAAAUGCGUGAAAUGAAAAUGGACAAGACAGAACUUGGAUGCCUUCGAGCAAUUGUGCUCUAUAAUCCAGAGGUGAAAGGUUUAAAAUGUAAUCAGCAAAUAGAAAAUUUGAGAGAAAAAGUUUAUGCGUCUUUGGAGGACUACUGUAAACAGAAUUACCCUGAUCAACCAGGAAGAUUUGCAAAACUUUUGCUUCGCUUGCCCGCCUUACGAAGCAUAGGACUCAAGUGUUUGGAACAUUUAUUUUUCUUCAAACUGAUUGGAGACACUCCUAUUGAUAAUUUUUUAAUGUCUAUGUUAGAAGCGCCCAUUGAUCCAUGAUUGCUCUUUUAAUUUCUAUUUUAGAUUUUCUUUAUAUUGUAAUAGGCUCCAGAACUUUUCUAUGGUAGCCACAGUUGUGUUUCUAUUUGUCAUACAAGGUAAACACUGUGCAACAGAACUAAAACAAAAAUGUUAAUUGCAAUCAUUAUAUUAAAAAAUUGUUUUCAACAGUAUUUAUUAUAGUAUUUUUGGAUCUGAAAUGAUUAUCUUGUUAACUUUUUAGUAAUAGUCUAAUGUUUAAAAAAUUGUUACUAAUGUAUAUUUGGAGUUUUUCAAAAUUUUUAUUUUGUUUUCUGUAUGGGUAACUUUUACAAACUUUGUGUCAUGUACAUACACAAAGCUGGUGUUAAAUGCACUAGAUCUGCUUAUUUUAAUAUUUUCAGAAUAUUUUGUAUUGUUAAAGUUUUUUUACUGACUCAUAAGUUCUGUAAAAUGCUUGUCACUGAUUUCAUGUAGUCAUUUACAUGUAUUAGUUCUUCUUUGUGUAUGUAUGUUUCUUUUCAUGAAGUAUAUAAAAAUUAUGUUUGUUGUAUGUGUUUCAAAGUGCUGCAUUUCUAUUUGAUAUCCUUGUGUAAUAACAAUAUAAUUUAUUCACAUUACCAGAAAAAUUGCACUUUUAUGUAACAUAAGCAUUUUUUAGUGUUCAUUAUUGUAAGUAUAAUUUGUUUUCUGUAUAAUUUGUGACUGACUUUUUUGAAGCAUAUUUCUUAAACUCUGAAAUUACAGAAUACUGAAUAAAUUUGUUAAUAUUCAGUCAGGAUUUUUCGUUAAAGUAUUUUUAAAAUUUGAAUCUCAUUUUUAGUUUCUAAAGGCAUUUAUUAUGUAUGAAUCUCAUGUUUUACUUAAUGUAGGUUAUCUUAGAUCUGAAUCUCAUUUUUAAUGAGUUCUCUCAUUCUUAAAAAUGAUAAAAAUUUAUGUGUAGUUGAAACUUAAUGUUUUUUUUAAUACCAGAAAAGUCCUUCCUUUUCAGCAGCUUUAAACUGCUUAUGAUGCUUUCAAAGAUAUCAUUUUUUAAAAAUAUGUUUUAGUUGUUACUAAUUAUGUGGACUGAUUUCCUUGACUAAGAAUUCAUAACUUCAACUGCCAACUAACAGUAGGCAAGUAUGACUUACUGAUUGAUAUUAAAUAUUUACACACUAGUUUAUUAGGAUGGAUAGUCAUAUCUCAUGUUUUGAAUGUGCAGAAUUGAUGUGUUUUUAUUUGAAUGCAAUCUGAUAUUUGUAAAGCAUUUUAAGGAUGAAUUUCAUAAACGUUAUAGCUUUUUGAUAACAAAAGGGUCAUUUAACAGCAUAACUUUGGAUGUUUUUAGUGCACAUUUCUGCUUUAUAUGUUUAAUAAUAGUGAAGGGCUAUUUCAUGAAUGAAGUCUACUGUGCUACUCUCCAUGACAUUCCUUUCCUUUCACAUUUUAAAUUAAUAUAUGUUAAUUCUUAUUAUAUAUUAUAAUAAAUUUAGAAUUAUUCCUUUUGUAAAUGAUAUUCUGUUUAUCAACUCUUAAUUAAAAGUAAGCCCUUAUACUAAAACUUUAGCAGCAAUAGAUGAAAUAGAUGUGCCAACAUAUCAUUUUUCUAGUGUAUUUGGUAUACGUAGUAAGAUAUUAUAUUUUGUUUAUAGCAUUGCACAAUGAAAUUUAAGUAAUCUUAGUAAUAAAUUUGAAAUUUAAAAAAAUCGCUUUUCCCGCACGAGAACCUUACACUUAAAUUAGGCUUAGAAAUACUCGGUCUUAUUGCCGCAACAGUUUUGAAUUUAAGAAUUCCUGCAUUAUCAGCUUUAAUAUAAGCAUGUUAUUUGGUUUGCUGUGCAUAGCACUUGGGUAUUUAGAAUUCCAUUUCAUCAGAUUUAAUAUUAAGAAGUGGAUUUCAGUUGUGAAAGACAGAUGAUUAAAUUUUCUGCCACAAGGAAUUUUCCAUGUGGUAACUUUGUUCACUGCCAAUUAAGCGAUAGACCUUUCAUCAUGGAUGUUGCUAUUGAUUUUUUAAGUAUAUAUAUAUAUAUAUAUAUAUAUAAGAUAAAAAUAUGU